AUGUCACAAAUGGGCAAAGACACCACCUUCCGAGCCCCGGACAAGGCUCAAAGCCAGGAGAAACCGGGGCUUGAAAAAGAGAUGAUGCCACCCAGCGAACCCACCAAGCUCGAAUCACAGGGUGGCUUCAAAGAGUACGUCGGCUCCGGGAAACUCAAGGGCAAGUCGGUCUUGAUCACUGGCGGAGAUUCAGGCAUCGGCCGCGCCGUGGCGGCGCUCAUGGCCCGCGAAGGCGCCAACAUCACCAUCGUCUACCUACCAGAGGAGGAAGAGGACGCCCAGGAGACCAAGAGGCUGGUCGAAGGCGAGAACAAGGAGUGCGUGUUGUUUUCCGGGGACUUGAGGGACCGCGAGACGUGUCGCAGGGCUGUGGAGGCGCAUGUCCAGCGAUACGGACACAUCCAUGUGCUCGUGAACAACGCCUCGAAGCAAUACAUGUGCAAGGACUUUGCGCAGAUCGACCUGGAUCAAGUCGAGGACGUGUUCAAGAGUAACAUCAUUCAGAUGAUUGCGGUGACGAAGUUUGCGCUGCCGCAUAUGGCCAAGGGUGAUUCGUACGUCUACAGCUACAAUGGCACCAAGAUGGAGCUGAAGGUUUCUAGGAUUAUCAACAAUACCUCCGUGACGACAUUCCGCGGCUCGAGCAGUAUGGUCGACUACGCCGCGACCAAGGGCGCGAUUGUCGGGUUUACCAGGUCAUUGGCGGCGCAGUUGAUCCCCAAGGGCAUCAGAGUGAAUGCUGUCGCUCCCGGGGCUAUCUAUACCCCGAUUCAGGUUGAUACUCGAGACGCAGACCAGAUGGAGGGAUGGGGUUCGCAGCAUCCCCUGGGUCGUCCGGGCGAGCCCAGCGAGGUAGCGACGAGCUUCGUUUUCCUGGCGAGUGCGGAUGCUUCGCUUUAUUAUGGACAGAUUUUGCAUUGUUAUCCUCUGGGUGAUUAG